UUGCACAAAUAACUACUUUGAAUUCAUCUAGCAAAUAUAUCUUACUAUUUUAUUUUAUUUAAAUUUUAUCCAUGGCGGAGGAAACCAAGAUUUUGGUCCUUGGACCAACCGGAGCCAUUGGAAGGCACAUAGUUUGGGCCAGUGUUAAAGCAGGUCACCCCACUUUUGCUUUGGUCAGGAAGAACGCUGUCGCUAUUCCUAAACCUACCCUCAUCACCGCCGCUAACCCCGAAAGUAAGGAACAACUUCUUGAGAGCUACCAGAAAUCCGGCGUUACCCUGCUCGAGGGUGACAUAAAUGAUCAUGCAAGUUUGGUUAAGGCCAUCAAGCAAGUUGAUGUUGUGAUCUGCGCAGCUGGUAGAUUACUCAUUGAGGAUCAGGUGAAGAUUAUUGCAGCAAUCAAGGAAGCUGGAAAUGUAAAGAAGUUCUUCCCAUCAGAAUUUGGGCUUGAUGUGGACCGCCACGACGCAUUAGAACCCGUUAGGGAAGUUUUCGAGGAGAAGGCGAAAAUCCGAAGAUUAGUUGAGGAGGCAGGAAUCCCCUACACUUACCUCUGCUGUCACGCCUUCACCGGUUAUUUCAUGCGUAACUUGUCACAGCUUGAUACCACAGUUCCUCCAAGGGAUAAAGUAUACAUUCAAGGAGAUGGAAAUGUCAAAGGUGCUUAUAUUACUGAGGCAGAUGUUGGUACCUAUACAGUUAAGGCAGCAGCAGACUCAAGAACUUUGAACAAAGCCUUUCACAUAAGGCUCCCUAAAAAUUAUUUGACUUUCAACGAGGUGGUUUCAUUGUGGGAGAAAAAGAUUGGCAAGACCCUUGAGAGGAUUUACGUUCCUGAGGAAAAAGUUAUUGAGCAAAUCAAGGUGUCAUCUUUCCCAAAUAACUACCUGUUGGCGUUGUACCAUUCACAGCAGAUAAGAGGUGAUGCAGUGUAUGAGAUUGACCCUGCUAAAGAUGUAGAAGCUUAUGAACUUUACCCUGAUGUGAAAUACACCACUGUUGAUGAAUAUUUGAAUCAAUUUGUCUAAACUAUAAAGUCUGAGAAUAAUGUUUGUCAAACACUAGAGAGUACUCAGAGAAGGCUCAAUAAGAGUGGAGGGACUUGGGUCUUUUUACUAGCAUUGUUGUUCUGCUUAUUUUUUUUUAGUUCUUAUCUUGUUCUUCAACAUUAUGUAACCUUAUAUCCAACAAAUAUUUUAUAGAUAAACAGCAACAUGUGUGUUAUUUUCAA